GCAGCGGUUUUUCCUUUUUGCGCUGUGCACGCUUGUUGGUGCAUUUACCCAGUAAAAGGGAUACAAAAAAAAGAGAAGCGCUACCAACCGUCUUCAAUACUUCAUUGAUUUUAAAAAUCAACAAUGAAUAGCGCUAGUCAGCUAGAGCCGAUACCGUGCAGCAUCACACCAGACCAGGAACUCAGCAUCAUAAAGCUGAUUCUCGAUCUGCGCAGCCUCGGCGACGUCGAGGCCAGUGAGAAGGUGCGUCGGCGCGUACGUGAGGCUCUCCUGAAGAGCGCCGACGACACCGCAGCGAUGGCGAAGGUGGAGGAGAUCCUCCGCCGCGGCAAGCGCACACAGAGCAAAUUAGACGGCAGCUACGAAGAGCGGCAGCGCCGAAAGCGGGAGCGGCGGGAGCAGGACAGAGCCGCCGCCUCGCGCCUCGUAGACAUCGAGGCCGGCAGCGGCGAGGAUUCCGAAGGCUCCGCUUCUGCCGAGGAGGACAAUGAGCCGGAAUAA